CUAAAGUUACAGAUAUAUAAUGAUGAAUAAGCGCGGCGGGGAUUUUGACUACAAUGGCGGAGGUGGCGGUAAGAGAGCAAAGGGCGGUUUCGGCGGUAAAAUAGGAAUGAGAAUUAUGGUUCCCUCAAAGAUGGCCGGAUCUCUAAUUGGUAAGGGAGGACACAACAUUCAAAACCUCAGAACCUCCUUCAACUGUAAUGUCCGUAUUCCCGACUGCCCUGGGCCGGAAAGGAUUCUCGAGAUUACAGGUGAGGAUUGGGAGAGUGUAUACAACUGUCUCUCUAGUUCUAUUCCCUACCUCUACGAGUGCCCAAAUGGAGAAGAUGACGGCCAGGAGAAAGAGUUGAGGUUUCUGAUACAUCAGUCUGCUGUGGGUGGUAUUAUCGGUAAGGGUGGAGAGAAGAUUAAGGAGAUCAGGAAUACAUCUGGAGCUAACGUCAAGGUUUUCCAGAACCCAGCUCCUCAGUCCACGGAUAGAUGUGUCCAGGCGAACGGUACACUAGAGAAGCUAGUAUUGGCAGCAAGAGAAGUUUACGACGUGGUUCAGAACACUGAGAUUAAGGGAGGUGAAGCCAUCUAUGAUCCCAUUAACUUUGAUGCAUUUUUCGCCAGUGAGUACGGCGGGUUCGGCGGGGGAGCCGAUGGACGUAAAGCAAUGGGCGGUGGUCGAGGCGGACGUGGAGCGCCAAGAGGAGGUCCACUCCGAGGUGGACCCAUGGGAAUGCGCGGUGGUACAAUGGGCGGACCCAGAGCAGGAUUUGGCGGAGGGUUUGGUGCUCCCGGAUAUGUAGAUGAUGGAUACGGAGGAUACGGAUUAGGACGAGGCCGAGGUGGGUUCGGAGCUCCUGCGGGUCCUCCAUACGCUCCUGGUCCAUACGGAGGAUACGGCGAGGAUGAGUGGGGCGGCGGAUUCGGAAUGGGUGGAAACGGAAUGGCGGCAACUGCCGCAGGAACUGGAGCUGAACUGGAGUUCUCUGCUUCUGAAGCUGAAUCUACGCAGGUUACUAUACCCAACGAGAUGGCUGGUGCAAUUAUUGGACCUGGUGGACAGAGAAUAAGAAAAAUAAGAAACGAUUCAAAGGCCACUAUCACAAUAGCUGAACCUGUGGGUGGAUCUAAGGAAAGAGUUAUCACUAUUGCAGGUGAUCCUGAAGCUAUUCAAACUGCGCAGUACCUUCUUCAGCAGAGUGUUCGAGAGCAUUCAUCGGGAUUUGUCGGGUACUAAAUACCCCCUGAGACUCAUUUAUCAUGUCGGGUACUAACUCCCCCUCGAGACCCCCUAAGGGUUCCAAAUACCAUGUGGGGUACCUAAACCUCCUAGAGGCCUCUUUGGGGUCUCCCAAUAUAUCAUAACGGGCAUAAAUCCCUCGGAUGGAUAAAACCCUGAAACUCUUCUAUAUUCCAUAAUAUUGUAAUCAAUUUGAUAUCUCUGCGUUUCCAUUUAGUUUGUUUAAAAAGCAUCAAUCAACGUGUCAUUAAGAAUAUGUUCUGAUGUUCAUCGCAAACUUUGGAAUUCUAAUAUUAAAAUUUUAAUCAUUAUAUAUCUUGUAACCUCAACCAAGUUGUGUAUAGUUGAGGUUGAACUUAUAUUUCCCUUUUUCUCUUGUUCAUACGAAUGUUGAUUCUUUUUCAGAUAAUACAAAAAGUAAAAAGAUUUGGAACCCCCUGCCCUCGUGCUGUUUCCCAUCAGUCCCACCCAGAACUAAAAAUGGAAAGAGUCUCUUUAAAAGUGAACUUAAUAACCAAUGAGCCCUCCAAGCGCUUAAGCCCAGAAAGGAGCCCUCCCAAGUCUGAAACAGUUAGAAGCCCUCCCAAGUUUUGUAAUCACUUGGAAGCCCUUCAAGUGUAAAAACGCAGUUGGGAGCCCUCACAGUUCGAAGCCCUCCCUUAAAAACAGUUUCGUUCGAACCUCAGCAAAUUAGGAGAGCCCUCCCUCAGUCUCCAACCUGCAGGCUCUAAUCCCUCCCUCAGUCUCCAACCUGCAGGCUCUAAUCCCUCCCAAUUAUUAAAGGAUGCCCACCCUCCCAAUCAGAAGAUCCCUCCCAUCAAUGGAGAACCCUCCCCUGCCCUCCCAUCUCCCAGAUAGGCCUGAGUUAAAUCAAGCAUCAUUGAUUGGCAAUGAUCGUGUGCCAUCGUCAGAUCAUCGUAGGACGAGGAAUAUCGCUGAAGUCUAUCCAAUAUCUGAAUUCUUUCAUUACAAAGGUCAGGCAACGGAUUGAGUGAUAACGGAUGAUGUAAUUGGUGCAGAAAAUAUUUAAUAGAGGAGCAGCAGAUCAUUCUUAAUUCUACAUGUAGAGUUCAUGAUAUACAUGUGUUUCAAAAUAAUCAGAUUUUAAAUACAAAUUUUGAUGAAA